AUAUUUUUAAUGCGGAUGGAUAUUUCCAGUGACGUGGCAGCCUCUAGUUUAUAAAGACGCUUGCGCCAUCUUCAACACUUUAGUAGAAAGCAACAAAGACUCUACGGACGACCAACUCAAUCUUUAAUAUCGUCACUUUAUUGUGCAAACAUGCAGAUCUUUGUGAAGACCCUUACUGGCAAGACUAUCACCCUUGAGGUUGAGCCCAGUGACACCAUUGAGAAUGUCAAGGCCAAGAUUCAGGACAAGGAAGGCAUCCCCCCUGACCAGCAGAGGUUGAUCUUUGCCGGCAAGCAGCUGGAAGAUGGCCGCACUCUCUCUGACUACAACAUCCAGAAAGAGUCCACCCUCCAUCUUGUCCUCCGUCUUAGAGGUGGCAUGCAGAUCUUUGUUAAGACCCUCACUGGCAAGACCAUCACCCUUGAGGUUGAGCCCAGUGACACCAUUGAAAAUGUCAAGGCCAAGAUCCAGGACAAGGAAGGCAUCCCCCCUGACCAGCAGAGGUUGAUCUUUGCUGGGAAGCAGCUGGAAGAUGGCCGCACCCUGUCCGACUACAACAUCCAAAAGGAGUCCACCCUCCAUCUUGUCCUGCGUUUGCGUGGUGGCAUGCAGAUCUUCGUGAAGACCCUCACUGGGAAGACCAUCACCCUUGAGGUUGAGCCCAGUGACACCAUUGAAAAUGUCAAGGCCAAGAUCCAGGACAAGGAAGGCAUUCCCCCUGACCAGCAGAGGUUGAUCUUUGCUGGUAAGCAGCUGGAAGAUGGCCGCACCCUGUCCGACUACAACAUCCAAAAGGAGUCCACCCUCCAUCUUGUCCUGCGUCUGCGUGGUGGCAUGCAGAUCUUCGUGAAGACCCUCACUGGCAAGACCAUCACCCUUGAGGUUGAGCCCAGUGACACCAUUGAAAAUGUCAAGGCCAAGAUCCAGGAUAAGGAAGGCAUUCCCCCUGACCAGCAGAGGUUGAUCUUCGCUGGUAAGCAGCUGGAAGAUGGCCGCACCCUCUCCGACUACAACAUCCAAAAGGAGUCCACCCUCCAUCUUGUCCUGCGUCUUAGGGGUGGCCAAUAAUCAGUUACAAUUCUGUGUUCAAGUCAAAAAUAGUGUUAAUUUCAAAGGCAUCUGCUCUGAUGGCCAAAUGUUCAGUACAAAUGGUUGAAAUAAAGGGUUAAAGCUAUUA